AUGGCCUCUUCCCGUGUCUUCGCCAGCCGUCUGGCUUCCACCAUGGCUGCCACCUCCAAGGUCGCCCGCCCUGCCGCUCGCGUUCAGCUCAACGCUGUCGCCCCCAAGCGCACCUUCACCACCCAGAAGAAGAUCAACAUGACCCCCUUCCAGACCGUCAAGCGUCAGUCUCCUUCCGGCCUCCUCCAGGCCAGCGCCCGCCAGGCUUUCGCCGCCCAGGGCCGCCGUCAGUACUCCUCUGAGAUCGCCGACGCCAUGGUCCAGGUCUCCCAGAACCUGGGUAUGGGUUCCGCUGCCAUCGGUCUCGGUGGUGCCGGUAUCGGUAUCGGUCUCGUCUUCGGCUCCCUCCUCCUCGCCGUCUCCCGCAACCCUGCCCUCCGUGGUCAGCUCUUCUCCUACGCCAUUCUGGGUUUCGCCUUCGUCGAGGCCAUUGGUCUGUUCGACCUGAUGGUUGCCAUGAUGUGCAAGUACGUCUAA